CACCAGACCCCAAACGCCGAGGAAACGAGCCUUACGGUGAAUGAGGUGGUGACACAAAGGCUCUACCAGAACUGCUACUUCCCUACCAAACAAAACAUUCCAUACCCCGGAGAGACAAGGCUUAGAAGAAUUAUAUCCGCAAGAGAUCCGGCAGCACUGAGUGAGAGAACGUUCAGCACAAUGGAGGACCAGACCCGAAACCCCCAGGAUGCAGACCAUUCUUUGAAAAGGCCCUUGGAAGGAGAGCAAUUGGAACAAGCCAAAUCGGAGCGCGGUUCAGCGGAAAUCAAAAUCGAGAAAACAGAAAGCAGUAGUAUACAAUGCGAAUCAGUAGCACCGGAGCCCGAGGGACCGGCAUCGAAGCGGCUAAAGCUUGAGGAGCCCGAAAAGGCUCUCAAAGUCGAUGCACGAGACAAGGUUAAAGGAAUUGCUCUAAUCAAGCCUGAAUAUCUCAUCAAUACGUAUAGAAGGGCAGCACCAUCUCCUCCUACUCCAGACGAUGAUGCAGCUGAGGAGAGAACGGAUGAUCGAGAUAACGGGGGAAAGAAGAAAAAGAAAGAGAGAGGCCAAAACACGAAUCGCCAAUUUGGUUCGUGGUACGACGCAAUCAGAUUAUGCAACAGUCGAGCAAAUUCGCCCGAAUUUUCUCCAAAGCAUUGCAAAUUCGGAGACUCUUGCAAAUGUACCCAUGAUCUAAGAAAAUAUCUGAAAGAGGGGAAGAGGGAAGAUUUAACCACUUUCAAUGGGAAAUGUCCAGUUCUGGAGGCCAAUGGCACCUGCCAUGCUGGAUGGAAGUGUCGAUUUGUAGGAAGCCAUUCAAAGGAAAUUGAGCGUGAGGAUGGCCGGAUGGAAUUGGUCCUUACGGAUGACCUACAACAGGUGACGAGCUCGACUGAGGAGGAGGAGGAGGAGAACAGAAAAGGAGUCGUGAAUGUCGUUGGAACUAAGGACAAGCUAGAUCUGGCUAGAAGAAGGCUGACGACCGAGAAAUCAGAAAAGUACACCGAAUGGUUGGAAAGAGACACGAAGGAAAUGGAGAAGAUCUAUCACCAGAGGAAAGACGCUGCGGAAGAGGAUAAGCAAGAGAAUCGAGCCCAAUUUACGGAUCCUCCGUAUCUUCCUUCCGAGAAGAAAAGGCUAUAUUUCGGCCCAGAGACACCUGUCCUCGCCCCUCUAACAACACAAGGAAAUUUACCAUUUCGAAGGAUGUGCGUGGAAUUUGGAGCACAGCUUACUUACUCGGAGAUGGCCAUGACACUGCCUUUAAUUCAGGGUCAAAAGUCUGAAUGGGCAUUGAUGAAGGCACAUGAGAGUGAAAUCUUGCCUCCUCGGUAUACGCCCAAAUCAAUCGUUCAAGGGUAUGAUAACUCGAAGGAUUUGAAAUUUGGCGCUCAAGUGUCGGCGAGUAAGCCUUGGCAGGCAUUGAAGGGGGCAGAAAUCCUCAGUCGACUUGUACCCCAUCUACGAGUUAUUGAUUUGAACUGCGGAUGCCCAAUCGAGCUUGUAUAUCGACAAGGCGCUGGAUCGGCGUUACUUGAUGCGCCAUCAAAGCUCGAGAAGAUGAUUAGAGGAAUGAACGUGGUAUCCGGAGACAUACCAAUCACAGCUAAAAUUAGAAUGGGCACAAGAGACGGAAAGCCCACCGCACAGAAGACGAUAGAACGUCUAGCGUUCGGCGGUUAUGAAGCUCGAGAACGAUUGGGAGCCCCUGGAUGUGCUGCAAUUACUCUUCAUGGCAGAAGUAGACAGCAACGAUAUACCAGGAGCGCAGACUGGUCGUAUAUCGCGGAAUGUGCAGCAUUGGUUCAAUCAUACAACAAGAAGAAGGAUGAGAUAACGGAUACCAUCAGAGAACCAGAUGCAAGGACCCAAGCCAAUAUUCCAGAUGGAAAAAUGUACUUCAUUGGCAACGGUGAUUGCUAUUCACACGUUGACUACCUUGAUCACAUCCAAAAUGCCGGCGUAGACUCCGUCAUGGUCGCACGGGGUGCUUUGAUCAAGCCGUGGAUCUUCGAAGAAAUUGAAAAGGGGCAGUACAUCGACAAGUCGGCCACCGAGCGUCUUAGUUAUAUUGAGAAGUUUGUACGCUAUGGGCUUGAAGCUUGGGGUUCAGAUGAAGUGGGCGUUGGGCAGACACGACGGUUCUUGCUUGAAUGGUUGAGCUUUGCUUACCGAUAUGUUCCUGUGGGCAUCCUGGAUCAUCUGCCGCCCAGCCUACAGGACCGUCCCCCGGCUUACAGGGGAAGAAAUGAUCUGGAGACGUUAUUGGCAAGCGAUAAUUAUUUAGAUUGGAUAAAGAUUAGUGAGAUGUUCCUUGGUCCCGCGCACAAGGACUUCAAAUUCCAGCCAAAACACAAGUCGAACAGUUACGAGAUCGAAGCCGAAGGAUAAGGGUCGGUUAGGGGGGAGAGGGGAGUUGAGUGUCUACUGUGAUUGACUAUCAUGCAUAGAAGGCAUUUGCAAAGGGUAUAUCUACAUUACUUACAAAAUCGCCUCUGACGACUAAAGACCAAAGACAACCGACUUGGGUAAAGAGAAAAAGCCCAAAAAGCAAGUAAAUAUGGAGUGGUUAGGUAGCCGCUGAAUGAGACAUAUCUUAAGC